GAGCCUACCCCGCAACCCUUUUUCUGCUCCAACAACCACACGAGCUGCAGUCUGAGAAACCUUAAAUUCCUGUCCUGCUGCCUCCCUGCCACUGUUUUCAUCGAAUCCCUCGCGCGCAGAGUGUCGCUUUCGCAAAUCCUUCACCCCGAGCCAUGGCGCUCAACGACGCAUCCGCAAACUCCAUCACGGACAGCCCGGCUGGCCAGGCACCAAACGAUGGAACCGGAAUCACCCAGCUCGACUCGUAUCUCGACCCGUUCAAGCCUGCCCUGCGCAGCCGCUACGCAAAGGCCCAGCAAUGGCUCAAGACCAUCCAGGACACCGAGGGCGGCAUGGAAAAGUUUACGAGGGGGUACGAAAAGUACGGCUUCAACGUAAAGGAGAACGGCGACGUCGUGUACCGCGAGUGGGCCCCCAAUGCCCUGCGCGCCUUCCUCAUCGGUGACUUCAACAACUGGGACCGCGAUGCUACGCCCAUGGCGAAGAACGAGUUUGGCGUGUGGGAGGUUACGGUCCCCGGCAGCAAUGGCCAGCCAACCAUACCCCAUGAUUCGAAGCUCAAGGUGUCUUUUGUCGUACCCAAUGACCACGCGCGCCAGGAGCGCAUUCCCGCCUGGAUCAAGCGCGUCACGCAGGAUCUGAACGUCUCGCCCGUCUACGAUGCGCGCUUUUGGAACCCCCCAAAGGAGGAGCGAUACGUCUUCAAGAACCAGCGCCCACCGAAGCCUGCCAGCGCUCGCAUAUACGAGGCCCACGUCGGCAUCUCCUCCUCGGAACCAAAGGUCGCUACCUACAAGGAAUUUACGCAAAACAUCCUCCCCAGGAUCAAGAACCUAGGAUACAACGUCAUCCAGCUCAUGGCCAUUAUGGAACACGCGUACUAUGCAAGCUUUGGCUACCAAAUCAAUAGCUUCUUCGCAGCCAGCAGCCGCUACGGGCUCCCAGACGACCUGAAAGAGCUGAUUGAUACCGCACACGGCAUGGGCAUCACCGUCCUGCUCGAUGUUGUCCACAGCCACGCGUCCAAAAAUGUGCUCGACGGUCUAAACAUGUUUGACGGCAGCGACCACCUCUACUUCCACGAGGGUAGCAAGGGCCGUCAUCAGCUGUGGGAUAGCAGGCUCUUCAACUACGGAAGUCACGAAGUCAUGCGAUUUCUACUCAGUAAUCUUCGUUUCUGGAUGGAAGAGUACCAGUUUGAUGGGUUCCGCUUCGACGGAGUUACCAGCAUGCUGUACACCCACCACGGCAUUGGAACCGGCUUCUCCGGCGGAUACCACGAAUACUUUGGCGAGGGCGUCGACGAGGAAGGCGUAGUCUACCUAAUGGUUGCGAACGAGAUGCUGCACCAGCUAUACCCAGAAGUAAUCACCAUUGCAGAGGACGUAUCAGGCAUGCCAGGCCUCUGCGUAGCACUAUCGCUCGGUGGAAUAGGAUUCGACUACCGCCUCGCCAUGGCAGUCCCCGACCUAUAUAUCAAGUGGUUGAAGGAGAAGCAAGACAUCGACUGGGACAUGGGCAACCUCACCUUUACCCUAACCAACCGUCGCCACGGCGAGAAGACGAUUGCCUACGCAGAGAGCCACGACCAAGCGUUGGUCGGCGACAAAACUCUCCUCUUCUGGCUCUGCGACGCCGAAAUGUACACCAACAUGUCGAUUCUCUCCGAAGAAACCGCCGUCAUCUCCCGCGGCCUCUCCCUCCACAAGAUGAUCCGCCUCAUCACGCACGGCCUCGGCGGCGAGGGCUACCUUAACUUCGAAGGCAACGAGUUUGGCCACCCGGAAUGGCUCGACUUCCCCCGCGAAGGCAACGGCAACUCAUUCCACUACGCGCGCCGCCAGUUCAACCUCGUUGACGACCAGCUCCUGCGCUACCGGUUCCUCUACGACUUCGACUCCAAGAUGCAGUGGACGGAAGAAAAGUACGGCUGGCUGCAUUCCCCGCAGGCAUACAUCUCGCUCAAGCAUGAGGGCGACAAGGUCAUUGUCUUUGAGCGCGCGGGCCUGCUCUGGAUCUUCAACUUCCACCCGCAGAGCAGCUUCACCGACUACCGCGUCGGCGUCGAGCAGGAGGGCACCUACCGCAUCGUGCUGAGCACCGACAGCAAGGACUUUGGUGGGCACGCCAACAUCGACGAGAGCACGCGCUUCUUCACGACGCCAUUUGCGUGGAAUGGACGGAAGAACUUUAUCCAGGUGUACAUGCCCGCGCGGACGGCGAUGGUGCUUGCGCUCGAGAGUACGCUUUAGAUGGACAAGCAUGUAUGCCGGGGCGACCAACGACGUUGAAAAUUGAUUGGCGAGAGCGAGCGCGUUAUAGCAAGCUAUCUGGCCAUCUCACUGUAAUACUUUUCUGCUAGACACACACAACAUAGAAUGACACCUACAGCCGUGCUUCUGC